CAAAGGCCGGCGGAAGUGCUCCGGGUUGUUGCCGGAAGUGGACGAGGAAGGAUUGUGAUGGCGGCCGCGACGGUGGCAGAGAAGGUGCCGGUAGACGGCGCGGAGGAACAGCAGCCACCUGCGGCGGCCGAGGAGCUGGCCGCCCAGAAGCGCGAACAGAGACUGCGCAAAUUCCGGGAGCUGCACCUGAAGCGGAAUGAAGCUCGUAAAUUAAAUCACCAGGAAGUUGUUGAAGAAGAUAAAAGACUUAAGUUACCUGCAAAUUGGGAAGCCAAAAAAGCUCGUUUGGAAUGGGAACUACAAGAAGAAGAAAAGAAAAAGGAAUGUGCAGCAAGAGGGGAAGACUACGAGAAAGUGAAGUUGCUAGAGAUCAGUGCAGAAGAUGCAGAAAGAUGGGAGAGGAAAAAGAGGAGGAAAAAUCCCGACCUGGGAUUUUCAGAUUAUGCUGCUGCCCAGCUUCGCCAGUACCAUCGGCUGACCAAACAGAUCAAACCGGACAUGGAAACAUAUGAGAGACUGAGAGAAAAGCAUGAAGAAGAGUUUUACCCAACAUCCAACAGUCUUCUUCAUGGGACACAUGUGCCUUCCACAGAGGAAAUUGAUAGGAUGGUCAUAGACCUGGAAAAACAAAUUGAAAAACGAGACAAAUAUAGUCGGAGACGUCCUUAUAAUGAUGAUGCAGAUAUUGACUACAUUAAUGAAAGGAAUGCCAAAUUCAACAAGAAGGCAGAAAGAUUCUAUGGGAAAUAUACAGCUGAAAUUAAACAGAAUUUGGAAAGAGGAACAGCUGUCUAAUCCCUUCAGGAACUGUUUAGAAGCUUGAGAAUGGAGUGUAAAUUUCUGCUAGCAAAUUGAAGUUCUCUUCAGAGUUACACCAGUAAACCAGAACUCGGUCUAUGCCUUCCCACUCAGCAUUUAAAAAUAAAUGUUUUUUCUUAAACUUCUACUUCCAUGUAUAUUUCCACAUUUUUGUGCUUGGAUAUAAGAUCUAUUUCUUGUAAUGUACUUGUUUUGUAAAAAUCUACUUUGUAUAAAUUCUAUUAUUUUUCUAUGUAUUUUAAAUGUGUAUGACUGUUGAAUCUUUGAAGCAUUUUGGCUUUAAGAAUGCUGGCAGCAUACGUAAAUGCAGUCAUUGUUACUUUGAAUGUUUUUAUGAAUUUGACAAAAUCUAGAGCUGGACUCAGGAACUAUUUGGGGUUGUAGACUCUGCAGCUAAGGACAGUGAUGAGGAAGAGGGCAGUGGCUGCUGGAGGGUGGGUAUAGGCUCUACCCGGGCUGCUUAGGACCAAGUUCAGGAAGUAGCAGAACUGUCCUCCCGUGAAUACUGACUAUGCACAGUUCCCUUUUAAAAAAGGAUAUGUCUUAUGGAAUAGAAUCCCUGGUAAACAAUUUAUCAUUUAAAACAAAUAUUUGUAUUUAUACAUUUAUAUAUAUACAAAUAUACACGUACAUGCUUCCAUUCCAUAAACAUUAAAAAUUUUUCUAUUAUAGGGAAUUCCAAACAUAUUCAAAAGAAGACAGCAUAGUACAAUGAGUCCCAUAUACCCAAUGCCCAUC